GCAUGAAGCUGCAGAAGAAGAGCGAGGAGUGGCUUGGAGAUAUCCGGAUAUUCAGGAGUUUUACAGACGGACAGAUGAUGUCUGAUGUUAGCGUUUCGCUUUGUCAGCUCUUAGACUGACAAUAAUAAUCACACCCUGUCACCAGGAAGUGGACCCGCCUCUGACUUCACCUGUUGCUUUAUGGACUGCACUUCGAAGCCUUGACUUUGACUUUGGUGGAUACGGAGGCGAUGGCGCCGCUGCUGCUUCCUGAAGAGCUGUGGCUGCAGGUGUUCAGUUUCCUGUCCUGGAAAGACAAACUCAAUCUGCGUCUCACCUGCGUACACUUCAGACACCUGUUGGAUAGGUCCCGCCCCCUGUGGCGAGGCUUCAGCGUGGUGCUGCAGCACUUCUCUCGCUACAACCCGGCCUUCUGGCGCAGCCUGGCUCAGAGGCACGUGGGCGGCGUGUCGGUGCGUUCAGGAAAGAGGAAACACCUGAAGCAGCUCUCUGCUUGGCUUCCUGCUCUCGAGGCGCUGCGAUUGGACGAGUGGAUAGAAGGGGGCGUCGAUAAACUCAGACUCUUCCACCGGCUACAGCGACUGUCACUCACUUCCUGCUCCAUGUCGCUGAGGAACGUGGACUUCCUGUUACCUCUGAGUCAGAACCUGCUGCAGCUCAGCCUAUGCAAUGUGCAGCUCACCUGUCCAGCCUCUCACCUGUUGGCUGGCCUCAGUCAGCUGACACACCUCACCUCGCUGCUACUGCACCAUGACGGCAGCCUGAAGGUCCCGACACUGAGUGGCGUCCUGAGACACCUGAGCAAGCUCCAGCACCUAUCCUGGACUAUGAUCACCUACAGGACGCUGGCUCCGGACUUCUUCAGUUCCGCCCAGCUCACAGCAGAGGGAGGUUUCCUGCAGCUGUCUGACCUCCAGCUGUUGAACUACGACGCAGUGGUGACACAGGAAGUCCUGCAGCCUUUGUCCCGCCUCCGCAGCCUUUCUAUCUUCCACCUUUACUCCGUACCUGGACCCACCUGUCACCUGCAGACCUGGCUGACGUCGCUGCCGCAGCUCUGCAGCCUCAGCGUACACGGAGGCCAUCCUCUGGCAAUGUAUGCUGACUUCCUGCCGUCAUCCCUCCUCAGUCUUACCCUGUGUGUGGACAUGCAGCCUGAAGACCUGCUGGUGGUUUCUGUCCGAGCUCCUCACCUGGAGCACCUGCACCUGGAGCCCUGGAGCUCUUCCUCCAGCCUAGUGAGGCUCCUUCCUCAGCUGUUCCCUCACCUGAGGACGCUCCGGAUCAGACAUCAGCACCUGUCAGAUGAUGACUUCCUGUGUGUGCAGCAGCUCCCGUGGCUUCACACUCUGGAGGUUCUGGAUUCGUUCUACAGACCCGACCCGAUGGACCCGAGCUGGGUCGUAUACCAGCCCAGUCCUCGUCUGAUACAGAUUAUCUCUGAGCUGCAGAAACUGACCAAUCACAGAGUCCACGUCAUAACCAGCUCACACAGAGACCCGCUGUCCUGCGACUGUGUCUGACCAAUCAAAAGGAGAGUCUGACCGAUCAGAGAAAGAGUAUGACCAAUCAGAAAGACAGUCCAACCAAUCAGAGAGAGAGCUUGACCCAUCACCCUUAUUACCUACAUUUCUUUAAAGCUGGAUAUUUAUUAGAUUUUAUAGAUAACAAUUAUUUAAUCCUUUGCUUUGUGGUAAACAUGUUUUUUUUGUAAUGGUAAUUUAAUUAACGCUGAUUACACAAAUGCAUUUCAACAUGGUAAAACGUAAUGAUGUCAUUGUGACUUCAUAUGCACAUACUUCCCACGUGUGCUUUAUAUUUAAACUCUGUAUGAUGUUUCUACAGUCGUUAAUAAAGACACAGCUACACCUUA